UUUUGUUUGUUUAAACAAAUAAUUAAAGAAAUCAUGACCAUAUUACCUGACCCACGUCAAAAUGCAAUCAUCUUGAAGGCGAUACAAGACAAUAGUCUUCUGUAUCAAAUGGAAUAUAAACACCAUCAAAAUCAUCUCUUGUAUAUUUUAAUUCGGUUGUAUGAAUUAGGUGUUUCCAACGGAGAGUUAAAAAAAGUGUAUGGACAAUCGAUCCAAAAAAUGGAUAUGCUACGUAUACCAGAGGUGCCCAAACUAGCUUUACCACUUUAUGAAAAUAAUUGGUUCAAUCAUCUUGGGGAUAAAGACUUGUAUUCUUCCUUUCUUCAAUUCUUUGAUCAUCAGAUAAGUGUCCAUGGGACUAGACAUACAUUAGAACGGUUCUUUUAUCAGGGUCCAUUAUCACUCACGAUUGGAUCCCACCGUCUACCGAUAGUUCAUUUAGCCCUGGGAAUAAAAUAUGAAAUACCACAAGUGAUUGCACAGGCACUUUCUUUUCUUGCCAGCUCUUUUCGUGACUCAAGUUUCCUCCUUUGUCCAUCACACGUCGAUGAGGGUCCAAUGGGAUAUUUAACGGCUCACGAGAUCUUGGUGGAGCAAGUGCAGGUGGAUCCACGUUUUCGACCCUUUUCAGCCUCAGUUCAACAGCCCAUCCAGGUACGAUAUGAAAAGAUGUUGAAGAGCACGCAGGAGCUAUUACGAAAGUAUGUGUAUCUAUGGCAGAUACCGAAGGACAAGGGGGAAGCACUUUUGGAGCUAGGUGUGUUGGCCAGACAAAUGGGAGAAAAAGACAUUUUGGUAAAGACGACAGAAGCAAUGUCUGUUGUUCAUGACAAGACGUGUUCAGUUGAAGUUUUACGAGUGCAAUUUUUAAAUGUGAUUUGUUGGUAUAUUUUACAAGGACGACCCAGGGUUACAUCAUAUAGUAUAUAAUAAUUUUUUUUUUUUAUUUAUUU